CAGCAGCUGCACUCGUGGGUUUUUUUUUUUAGCAAAACAUUUCGUUUAAUGAUCCAAAAACCACCUAUCAUUAGCUUCUUUAGUUGAAUUAAUUAUCUAUAAUCAGGUUAAAGAUGGCGGCAGACUCUGCGAAACUGUCUAAAAACCUCAUGCGCAUGAAGUUCAUGCAGAGAGGUUUGGAUGCGGAGACAAAGAAACAGCUGGAAGAAGACGAGAAGAGGAUAAUAAGUGAUGAACAUUGGUAUCUGGAUCUGCCAGAGCUCAAAGCUAAAGAGAACCUCAUCAUAGAAGAGAAGAGUUUUGUCCCAUGUGAGGACCUGUACUACGGCCGAAUGUCGUUCAAAGGUUUUAAUCCAGAAGUCGAGAAACUGAUGGCUCUGAUGAAUCCGAAGGAGGAAGUGGAGAAAGAAGAGGAAGAAGACCGCCGAAUGCAAACAGACGUCACAGAUGAAGAGAUGGCGCUGAGGUACGAGAGUUUAGUAGGAAGCAUGAAGAAGAAGUUUGCCAAGAAGCGAGAUCGAGCGGCCAUCGUAGAAGUAGAAGAAGUAGAAGAAGACGUGAACCAGAACGUGGUGGAAACAAACCCAAAGAGAGUUUUUCUGAAGCCUCAGGACUGAAACCACAGAAGAAGAACUCUGUAUUUUUUAUGUAAAAGACUCAAAAUAUGUUUUUUUUAAAACAACUGUGUGCAUGAACAUGUUUAUGUAUAUAUCUAGAGAGAGCGCAUCAGUGAUUGUGACGAGCAGAAUGAGGAUUUUAAAGGAUGAAUGGAUGUUAUACAUCCUGCUUUUUGGGUUAGUAUUUUCUUUUUUUUUAAAGAUGUAUCUUUGAGAUGCUGAGAACAUCUGGUGUGU